GACGUAUGUUGGGAGUAUAACAACCGUGGCUGUGUUCUUCCAUAAAGUUAUAUCCUGAUUAGAUCCCGCUAUUAUUUAAAUUUGACUGCAAAGAUUUUUGGGAAAUAUAGGCGUUUUUUUUUUUCUCCUGAGGAUCCGCGGUAUCUUUCUUCUUUGUACAGUUUGUCAACGCUCGAUAUGGCAGAAAAGGAAAAUCUCGAGCUGCUGAAACGGGAAGCUUCUUGCCCAGUAUGUCUCGAUUUCUUCAAUGACCCCGUGAUGACAGAUUGUGGGCACAACUUCUGUAAGCAGUGUAUUGACACUUGCUGGGUUGGCUCGGAAAGAAAUGUUACCUGUCCUGAAUGUAGGGCUGUUUUGUUAGGACAGCACACACUCCGGGUGAAUAGAAAACUUGCCAAUAUGGUCGAGGUUGCCAGGCGCUUGAAUGACAACCGAGAGAAAUGCGAUAAAGACACAAUGUGUUGUGCACAUCAACAGCCAUUGCAGCUGUUCUGUGAAAACGAUGCUAAAUUCCUGUGUGUGGUCUGCGGACUGUCUAAGGAGCACAAAAGGCACAAAGUACUUCCCAUGGAAGAAGCUGUAGAAGAUUACAAGGAAAAGCUUGAACAUUCCUUAAACUCUUUGAGAAAACAGAUUAAAAUGAAUCGAAAGUCAAAAAUUGAAGAGGAGAGAAAAAUUCAAGAAUUGCAGAAAAAUGCAGCAUCGGUCAGACAGAGGAUUAUUACUGAAUUUGAACAGUUGCAUAAUUUUUUAAAUGAACAGCAACAUUUUUUUCUUGCUAAACUCGAACACGAGGAAAAGAGAAUUAAAGAUAUACUCAACGAAAACUUAAAAAAACUUUCUGAGAUGAACUAUGAGAUAAACAGACUUACUCUUGAAAUUGAAGAUAAAUUGAGAUCCCAAGACAAAGACCUUCUUAUGGCUAUUGGAGACACUUUUGAAAGGUGUGAUAUGGAUUUCCACAUAAACAAUAUGACUGAAGGAUUGUGCAUAAAAGAAUGUAGCUUCCCUCUACAGUAUACUGUGUGGAAACGUAUGCUAAAGGCCAUUAACCCAGCUCCAGCUUCUCUUGCACUAGAUUCCAACACUGCUCAUGUAACCCUUGUUAUAUCAGAAGAUUUGAAGUCAGUGAGACGUGGAGAUACCAGACAGGAGCUAUUAGAUCAUCCUAGCAGAUUUACAAAUUGUUACGGAGUUGUGAGCUGUGAGGGAUUUACCUCUGGAAGACACUACUGGGAAAUUGAGGUGGGAAAGAGUGAAGGAUGGAGCGUGGGAAUCAUCAGAGAAUCUGUUAGUAGGAAGGGGAAGAAAAAGGGAAUGAGCUCCCUGAAAGUCGACAAUGGCUUCUGGACAGUUUGUCGAUGCAGCUCUGUGUGUGACUAUUUUGAUAAUUUGGUGGACAGUAGCAUUAUCAGACUUGGCAUUUAUCUAGACUAUGAAAGGGGACAACUCUUAUUUUGUAAUGCAGAAAAUAUGUCUGUCAUAUACAACUAUAGCUGUACAUUCACAGAGAAAGUUUUCCCUUUCAUUUACACUGAGCAUGAUUCUACAGUCAGUAUAGUAACAUCUAUAAUAUUGAAAUAAUGUUGACAUUAUGAGCCAUGAUAAAUGUUCUUUUUACAUGUCAUCAGUUGUAUUUUAUCCUAUGUAUCUGUGCUUUUUUAUGACUUUGAGAUAAUAUAAAUAGCUGUAAAUAUUUA